CUGGUGCAAGGUUCAUGCAUUACGGCACUGUACUUGGCCUUGCCAUGUAUGCGCUAUAAAACUGUUGAGCUUUCAUAUAACAGUAUUUCUGCGAGGCGUUAAUUCCAUCAACAAUACACAAAAAAACUUUCGUUGAAAUGGGUGACAUGAAAACUGUUCAGCAUGUGUUUCUGAACAAAGAGGAAAGUAGAAGAGCAGAAAAGUUGGCAGAUGCAUUGGAUCCUCAUGCCAGGUUGACUCUUCCAGAGCUUUAUGCAAAUCCACGAGCUGAGACGUUACCCAAGAACCAGCACAUCUCCCAAUACAAUGUACCUCCUGCUCCACCAAACACUCGUACAAAGGUUCAAGGAAAACCUAUUGAUUUGGAAACUGCUAAAGCUGUACGAAGAAUUUUAUUUGGUGAUGCAACACAUUUCUUCACAAAAGAUUGGCAGAGAUAUCGAUUUCAUUUUCGUGAUCCUGCAUCUGCAAUUCCUUAUGGCCUAAAUUGUAAUUCUGCUGGAGCAAGAGCAUUUUGUCUUUGCAUGCAGUGUUAUAUUUUAAAACAUCUUCUAUUUGUUGAUGCUGAAGAUGAAGACAAACCAUUUGGUCGAGCGCCGCCGGAGCCAACCUCUGCUGAACAAACAACAGCAUUGAUUAAUGCGAUUUGUGAUAUUUUGUGGAAGCUAUCCCACACUAUUCAUUCCGAAGAUGACAAUAUUGAAAAAAAACAAGUUAUUGUAUCGUUGCCUGGAGAUUCACCUUGUUUUGAGACAUUGGGUAAUUUUCUUGCUGAUGGAUUGAUUGAAAAGCUAUGGUUGUUCACCAUUGUAACACAGGAUGAAUUACGCAAGUUCAUCAAAAGAAAUUUGCAUUUUUUCUGUGAUGAGGGCGAACAAGGUGGAAUAUUGCUGAUGUAUAGUAUUGUUUUAUCUCACACUCCUGAAACUAUUCAUUCUGAAUUAGCUCAGUGUCAAAGAUCCAUACUGACUGAGAACUCUAGACCAACUCAGGCUUUUAUCAACUUGUUGUUGUCUGGUGCUGCCUCUUGCUUUGUACACAAUGGCGUUAUCAAGUAUGAUAAACACGGAAGAGAACUAGAAAUUCCUUUACCAGGUCCUCGUAAACGAAGUGAAAUUGGAUUUCUAUUUUUUGAUAAAACUGAGGGUGAUGACAACAGGACUACGGUCGGAUGCAUGUUGCGAACACCACUCUUACCUAUAUGGAUUACUCAAGUAAAUGGUUCAUAUGGAUUAAUAUUUUGCACAAGUAGAGACUUGGUGGCUGAUUGGAAGAUUGAACGAUUCUUUACUAUAAAUUAUUACACUGGGCACUAUACACAGGUUAAGGCAACAAGCAUAAGUGUAGAUACCAGAAGACGAGCUUUCCUGGAUCCGAGUCGUGAAAUAUCAUACUGGGAUGAUGAGGAAGAAAAGGAGAGAAAGCAACCUUCCCUGGAACGUACCAUUGGAACGAAAUGGCCAGAAGCUCUCUUGAACUGGAAUGGGGAGACUCCAUAUUACUAGCAUAUGUGAUCAAAUAUCGUUCAAAUUUCAGAAUUCAUCCGACUGUUUCUUUAUGGAAAUUAAAUAUUGAAUUUACAAUGUUUUUAGUGCAUUUUUUGUAUAAUGUGGAAGUUUUCCCAAAAUGCUGUUGGUUAAUACGGCACUUGGUCCUUUUUUAUUUAUUUAUACCUUGCUUUACCUAUACUGUGGUAUAUCAACUUGGUAGUAUAUGAUCUUUCUAGUCUAGAACAUUAGAUUAGCUUAUCAGCUGUAUAUAAAUCACGUUUUAAACGAUUCUCAAAUUUAUUUCUGAUAGCUUACCAACUUAAUCCUGCCAAUGCACUUUAUAUAAUUUGAAAUUAAUCUUUUUUUCACUGUGAUAUUGUAUUUUCAUUUUUAUAAGCUAGAAAGCAAUCACUGUAUUUAUGUAAUAGAGAGUUGGCACUUGUGAUACUAUAGUACUGUACUGGUAACUGGUCUAUUUUCAAUAUAAAUCAUGGUUUUGCAAAAUAUAAUUCAUCAAUUUAUAAGAAUAUUUAUACUGUUUGUAACUAA